ACUGUGCAAAAUGGAAAGCAGAUCGUGUUAUACCUAUUGAAGAUUGUUAAUCAUGAAUAUGAUGAAACCCACGCCCUUGUCCUUAUGGAAGUGAAAAAAAUUGCUUUAACGCUUAGUCAUGACAAGAUCACAUUGCGCUGCCGAACGCGCGACUAUACACAAGCAUAUCACCAGGCUGCAGCAGUUGAAGUUUUGCUAUCCCACGGAGCAGAUGUUUCGGCCAGAUGCAAGAACGGGUUCACACCACUUCACCUAGCGGCCAAAAUGCGUACGCCAACAAUUGUGAAUCUGCUCCUCAAAGCCAACGCUUCACCCGAUGCCGUAACUCAAAAUGGAUACUCAGCUCUUCAUCUAGCUGCACUUGAAGGUGAUAUUGGCAUUAUCAAGAGUCUGCUGGAAGAUUAUUCCUCACAGGUUAACCUCUGUGCCAAUGACGGACUAACACCAACACACCUGGCAGCACAUGCUGGUCGUGUGGACGUUGCAGAAUACUUGCUUUCUCAUGGGGCCGAUCAGACGAAACAAACGAAGAAUGGAUACACACCGUUGCAUGAAGCUGCUCACAGAGGUAGCCUGUCACUUGUCAAAUUGCUGCUCUCAAAGCCAGGCAAAGAGGAAUCGAUCAAUAGUCGAACAAUCAUGGGCUGCACACCAUUGCAUUUAGCAGCUCAACAAGGUCACGCGCAGAUUGUUGAUUUAUUGCUUAGUCAUGGAGCUAACCCUAAUAGUCGAACAAUGCAAGGUUGGACGGCCGCACAAAUCGCCAAAAAGCAGCACUACUCGAAUAUCUUCGAAAAUCUUUCUCGACUUACUACAUCAGUUUCCGACUGGGAUUCGCCAAGCCUUGAAGGUGCCAGCGCCGACGGAUUGUCACUGGGUGACCCAGCUCUUGUUGAUGGUUCAAUGGUGCUUGAUUCACCCACUCAAAUGCUCGAUCGUGUCGCUGUGAUCGAAAGUGAAGAUGAAAGCUCAGUCGAUGAGCUUUCACUUUUCAAAUCACCCUCCUACAGUCUGCUUUGUGAGCAGAUGGAGUACACCCGCGCACACAAAGUACCAGUUGAGGACACCGAAUGGCCUUCUAUUUCGCCUACUCGUGCCAAUCGGCUUAAACGGCCUGGAAGUCUAAUUAGGGACACUAGCGAACCAAAGAUCAGAAUCAGCGCCCUUGAUAGCACAAUGGAAGAGCAGACACGCGUUUCUGAAAUUAUGGGAACCUCAACAAUCUCAAUGCGCAAAUCUGAAGUUGAACUGUCGGCAGCUACACCACUUGAUUCUAGUGAAUGGGAGGCGAUUGAGGCAGAGCCAAUUCAAGCGGUUUGCAAGCCAGUUAAAGCUGGGUUCCUUGUAUCCUUCCUUGUUGAUGCCCGAGGAGGUUUCGUUGAAGCCCAGCGGCGCCCGGAUCUACGAUUCCUGAUCCCACCAAAUGCCAUUUCCAGCCCAACACGAAUUAUUUGCCGUCUUCUGAGACCAGAUCGUGUAUCAAGACUACCUCAUCUCAAUGACGGUGACGCCUUUGCCUGCAGAAUCAUUGAAAUGUCUCCCAGCAACAUGAAAUUUGAUGGACCCAUACUUCUUGAAAUUCCACACUUUGCAUCAAUUCAGGGACGUGAUCGCGAAGUCAUUACUCUGCGUUGUGAUCAUGGAGAUUCUUGGAAGUCGCAUCCCCUAGAAGCCACAAAUCAAUCCGUACAAGAUGCCCUAGGAACAGCUUUCGGUCGACUGGAACCAUUGAGCUCACUUCGUGAGCGUAGAAUUCACUGCAUUCUUACAGCAGAUAUUCCCCGUUUCUUCGCAAUCAUCUCUCGAUUCAGACAAGAAAUUGCACUUAUUGGUCCUGACGGCGGAGUUCUGGCUUCAACAGUUGCUCCGAAAGUUCAAGCUGUCUUCCCCAAAGGUGCUUUACAGAAACGAAUCAAAGUUGGUCUCCAGGCCCAAGUGAUUCCACAAUACAUCGUAAACAAAAUGGUUGGCAACCGAGCUGCCUUUUCACCAAUAGUGACCUUGGAACCUCGCAGACGAAAGUUCCACAAGCCAAUCACAGUAACAAUGCCUCUUCCAAGACCACCACCGAAAGGAACCCACAAAUCAGAUCCACUUCCCCCGAGCCUACACCUGCUGUGUUCCAUUACUGCCGGAUGUGCUCCGGCAACGUGGGAAGAUAUCAUUGGAUCCACAACAAUGACACGACACAAAGAUUGUAUUUCGUUCACCACCACCGUUUCAGCCAGACUCUGGUUGGUGGACGUGCAAGGAAUUGAAGAUGUAACGGAGAUGGCAAGCAAAGUCUACCAGGAGAGUAUAAUCCCACCAUAUGUUGGAAAGUUUGCAGUCUAUGCCCGACUUCCUGAACACCGUAAGGUAAUUGAAGAAAAUGAAGCGAAAGCUGCAGCCCAGACAAGUUCAUCAAGCGAAGCUGUCUCCUCAGCAAACUCUCGUUUCCGACGAAAGGUCUUCCAUCCCGCUGAUGCUGAACUACGAUGUGUCUGCUUAAUUGACGAUGUUCCUGAAAAGACGCUUGAAAAACAGGAGAAGUUCCAAUUGGUCGCAGUAGGUCCUCCAACCGAAGUCAUGGAUUCGAAAGCCUACUGGCUUGAAACCACUGGAGAUAUUGCCUCAUAUCCAGCACAUGCUAAUCAACUGAAUUUGGUAGUACAAGCCUUCCAAGAGAACCGAUUGACUUAUCCUGUACGAGUACGCCAACCUGCCGAUUCGUCGAAAAGUCCGGUUGGAAAAUUCUGUGCGUUUCGAGACCCGCAUGACUCGGCUGCAACAGACAGCCAACCUAUCACUGAGUUGGAAAUUCAUAUGCCUGGAAGUGAUGAAUCCGCAUCUUCAAUUCAUAUGCCUGCAGCGAUGGCACAGCCUAAGAUUGCUGUAACAGCGAUAGUUGCCAAAACCGGUGCAAGGUGGCCAGAACUGGCCCGAGAAUUGGGUCUCUCGCCAGAAGAUAUUGAUAUGGUUGCAAAGGAACCGUUACCUGACAACAUUUCAGCAGAAGAAGCAGAUCAUCAACGCUGUGAACACAUGCUUUCCCUUUGGACGCAACGAUCAGCCGCUGCUGGCACAAAUUCUCCAGUGUAUCUGAGUAAGCGAUUGGAAGAAUUGUCUGAUCUUAUCCUCUUUUCCCAUAUACCGAAAUGUUUUGGUUUCGAUUUAGCUACAAGUAUGUCAAACGCUUUGCAAAGAGCUAACAUUGAUGUUGACAGUGCUGUCCGACCUAUCUCCACGCGAGUACAUCAUAUCGAUGACGAGAUGACAUCAGCUAAGACGCCUUCAGCGGUACAUCCAAUUCAAAUUAUCAGCGCCAUCACAAGGCAGCAACAACUACCGCCAGUUCCUACUGAACAUACCAUUGCUCCAACACCAGCUGUAGGAGUUGCUGCUGAAGCCAUUGUGAAUACUCAUGUACCAAGAUCUCCGACGGAGUCAGAGAAAAGUGAGACACCUCCACCAACAGCUAUGGAUGGUGAACUUCGCAGUGUACCUGGUGAGGAAGUGCCCUUCAUCAUGUCCUCCUCUUUCAAAAGUUCCAGUCCUGAACGUCCUCCGUCAAUCACAAUUCCCAUGGAACGCGAUGGUUCUGGAGAAAUUUCAUAUCAACAAAGACCCAAGGACGAUAUGGCAGUACCCAGAGAUGAGAUCCAACCCGUUGUGGAUGAUUUUGUGGUUGCUUCAGAGAAUUUGAAGAGAAAGAACCUCCUGCCACCCGACGGAGCCGUGGCUCAUGCCGACUCGGUGGCUAGACAAAUUGCAGCAGAGGAAUUGGCUGAAGCACUUGGCCUUGAUUCGGACAUGCACACUGUGUCUGUCAUCUCGAAAUCAUCCGCAGAUCACGACGAGCCAUCAAUAACUGAGGAUCUGAUUGAACCAAUUCACAGUGAACCAAGAGUAGAAUACAGUCCCUACGUUGACAGAGCUAGAACUGAACCGACUGCAAUAAAAUUAACUGAGGAAUUGCAUGUUGAAGGUGAUUAUGAUUUGAGAAUCCCCUCAAUGGAACAGCUUGACAAUGCGGAUGAAGAUUUCGAGGAGGCAUACCACAGAGCAGCUGCUGCAGAGGGGUCACCAUCGCCAACAGGUCUGGCAGGUCACGACGUCCACCAGGGUCGUACAGAAGAAGGCUUCCUUGUGGAGGAGACGGAAGAGACACUUCCAGAUGGAACUGUUGUCAAACAGCGAGUUCAAACUGCUGAGACCAUUCAGGCGCUGUCGGCGCAUGACUGGGAAGAGGCGGUGUACAAUGCCACGGCCGCUGAUAAUAAUGAUCAGUAUAUCGUUGAACCACCCGAAGAAAUUGUUAAAGUUGAGGAGGUAGAGGAGAAACUGCCAGAUGGUACGGUAGUGAAGAAGAGAAUAACCACCCAACAUAUCACCGAACGCAUCACUGAGCGUGAAAUUACAGAUGAGUUUUCGGAGAACGAACUUCAUCCGGAGGAGACAAAUGGAGGAGUGGUUGAGUAUGCUGAAGAAGAGAGUAGGGAGGAAGAAUUGUUGAGUCGAAAGCCAGUUAAGCCUGCUGAACUUGAUGAGACUAGAGGAGACGAGCUAGAGAUUUCGGAGGAGAAUCAACAAAUGAUUGUUGGAAGAGGAGAGGAAGUAAAAGAAGCUAAAUACGAAAAGACAGCUGAGCCAAACGAGAAAGACACUGAUGGAGCGAAGGUCCUAGAAGGAAAGGAACAAAAGGAAAUAGAAGUGCAGGAAGAAAUGAUACAAAAGGCAGUCAAAAGCGAAGAAAUGGCAACAAAUGUAGUAAAUGGAAUAGAUAUGCUUGAACAACGACAUCAGUCUAAAGAGAAAGAAAUAUUAAGGGAAGAAAAACUGCCAAAAGCAGAGGAAAAAAUACUAACAGAUGAAGUGAGAAUUGAGAUGGCGGAAGAGCUGGAAUCACCGCAAAAGGAGCACGCUUCAAAUAUUAUUGAACACAAAAUGGAAAAGAGGUACGCCGUUGAGAAAGAGAAUAACGGGACCGAAGACAUAAGAAUUCAAAAAGCAAUACCGACCACACUUCCAGAAAUAUCUCAAGAAGAAAACAGAGUUGAAGAAAUUGACGGAGGCGCACAAGAAAAAGAAGUCAAUCAAAUAGAAAUAUAUCCAAAAGAAAAUAAUGAAAUAAAAAAAGAACCAAAAGAUGAAGUAGUUGAGUCUAAAUUUAAGACUGAAGUUGAAGCUGAAGUUGAAGAAGGUGUAGCUGAGUCGGUAAGUGAAGCCGAGGCUGAGGAAGUUGAAUCCAAAGCUGUGCUUGAGACUGCAGCAGUG